AAGUAAAUAAACCAACACGCAACGCAAUCUAUUGAAAAAGAUCUCUGAAAAUGGCACCAAAAGCAGAGAAGAAACCGGCGGAGAAGAAGCCGGCAGAGGAGAAGAAAACGGUGGCAGAGAAAGCCCCAGCAGAGAAGAAGCCGAAGGCAGGGAAGAAGCUCCCAAAGGAAGGAGGAGCAGCAGCCGGAGAGAAGAAGAAAAAGAGGGUGAAGAAGAGCACAGAGACAUACAAGAUCUACAUCUUUAAGGUGCUGAAGCAAGUUCAUCCAGAUAUAGGGAUCUCAAGCAAGGCCAUGGGCAUAAUGAAUUCCUUUAUUAAUGAUAUUUUCGAGAAGCUUGCGCAGGAAUCCUCACGACUUGCUAGGUAUAACAAGAAGCCCACAAUUACCUCGAGGGAAAUCCAGACUGCUGUCAGGUUGGUUUUGCCCGGAGAGUUGGCUAAGCAUGCUGUUUCAGAAGGGACUAAGGCUGUCACUAAGUUCACCAGUUCUUGAUUAUCCAUGUACUUAAUGAUGUUUUGAUUUGGGAUUUGUUUCUUAAGUAUGCUUCAGAUAUGUGUAUCCGGGGUUAGGGUUAGGAUUUCUGCUUGAUCUCUAUGUUUGUUUCUAUUGUAGAAGAUGAAAUACAGUAGUGUUUAUUAAA